AUGGCGCGCGGAAUAAAUUGGCGCACGCACGGUAGUUUUGGCGCGCGACGCGAAGCGCGCUGGUUAAAAGCCGCGUGCCUGCACCCGCCAACCGCCAGAAAGUUCCCUCCCGGCGCAUCUUCUCCCCCCGCCUCUUCCAGCGCCCCGCUGCCGCCGCACCUUCUUCCCCCGUCUGUUCAGCACACUGCCUUGCCGCUGCGCCCCCGAAGCAGCUCGGGCUACCGCGGCGUCGGCCUCCGCCCCUCAUGCGUGUAUUACGCAGAGAUCAACUAUGGCGAUACAAGCUCCAGGCUCGGAACAUUCGACACCGCCCACGAGGCCACUCGCGUGUACGACGCGGCGGCGUGGCGCCUCGGGCGGCCUCGGUCGCAGAUGAAUUUCUCCGACGUGCGGACGUGCGAGCAGGCGAAGGAUCUCGCGCCUCCUCCGCGACUAAUCAGCGACGAAGAUCGUCACCUCCAGCGGAGGCGGGAGCGCCGCCUCCUCGUCGCCUAG